AUGUUUUGUGCUGAAAAUAAUACAGAACGAAUGAGGAUGGGAAAUGUAAAUUGUGUUAAUGAAAUAAUUGUUGAUCUUUAUGCUGGUAUUGGAUAUUUUACUCUUCCAUUUCUUGUUCAUUGUCAUGCAUGUCAUGUAUAUGCUUGUGAUUGGAAUCCAGAUGCAAUGGAAGCACUUCGCCGUAAUCUUCAAGCAAAUUACACAUGUCCUGUUGGUAUAACUGAUCGAUGUAAUCUUGGUGUAAUUCCAUCAUCUGAAGCAAGUUGGCCUAUUGCAUAUCGAGCACUUUGA